AUGGAUGGCCAGCAUCUGGACAGCCAACAUCAUUCAUCUCUCAGUCAUUCAACCCAAAGUUCCUCUUCUGCUAUCGACUUAACUGUCACUAUCACGGGCCUUGCUGGUACUUCAGCUCCUCUGAGUCCGAGUCUGUCUCCAACACUUCAUCCUUCAGUGGAUGGUGGUCGUUCCGUCGCUCGCAGACGAGCCAGCUGGGCAAAGUUAGAUGCAGGGCAGGAUCCCUUAUGCCCGAAUCUCUCAGUAACUAUGGAGGCGGGUCCUUCAAGAAUAUCGCCCCGGCCAUUUACUGCAGAUGAGGACCCGGUUUAUUUUCCAGACAACAGAUUCUUUGCAAAUGCAUUAGCUUACAAUGGGAGUUUGAUUUACAACGAAUUACCCUACACUGCUGCACAAGCUGAUCCAUCCUCCGCCUCGUUAAUUUCGACUCUGGAGUCUGACCUUGACUCAUCCAAGGACAGAGACGAUGUCCAUCUCACUGGCACCAACUCUCAAUUGACUCUGAGUGCACAGGAGGUGCUGCAGGCCCCACCAGGCGGAGGACGCUGCAUUACAGUUCCUCACCUUCCCCUCUCAAACGAACGGGCUAAAAGCCACUCCGUAUUUACGAUUGGAUGGUACAUCAGGCUCCACAGUCAAGGGUUAUAUCUGCCCUUUGGAGCGGGUUUGUCAGUUUCGUCGCUUGGAGUUUCUUCGACAGAUGAUGAUAUCAUAAUUUCGGAUCAGGAGGGAGACAAUCCAAACAGUGGCAUCCAGAGCUUCGACAAUAUUUAUUAUGCUGUGCUUCAAGUUGUCGUCGUGACUUCAGCCGAUGGAUGGUCCCCAAUCAUGUACUCGAUCAUCGACACCAAAUUUUUUGUCUCCUGCUUCUAUUUCAUUGUCUGCAUCCUCGUGUUGAACAUCUGGCUUAUCAAUCUAUUCGUUGCUGUGAUAAUGAACUCGUUCUCUGCCAUACAUACAGAUACACAGAAGAGUGCCUUUGGUGUUGCACCACUAGGACUUGUCGUCGAAGAGCAAGAAGAGGGUUAG